GAGCGCUCUGAGGCUGACAGGCGCCUUGGCCUGGGUGGUGGACUGGGGUCCAGCGGUGCACUGGGCUAGCAGCCUGUAUGCACGCAGCCAGCGGGGCCGGCAUGGGCUGGUGCGCCUGGCCAGCACGAUGAGUGCCUUGGGCAGCCCCGUGCGAGCCUAUGACUUUCUGCUCAAAUUUCUGCUGGUGGGUGACAGCGACGUGGGCAAGGGUGAGAUCCUAGCAAGCCUGCAAGACGGAGCGGCCGAGUCCCCGUAUGGCCACCCGGCAGGAAUUGACCACAAGACAACCACCAUCCUGCUCGAUGGGCGACGGGUGAAGCUGCAGCUGUGGGACACAUCUGGGCAGGGAAGAUUCUGUACCAUAUUCCGUUCCUACUCGAGGGGAGCACAGGGUGUGAUCCUGGUUUAUGACAUUGCAAACAGAUGGUCCUUUGAUGGCAUCAAUCGAUGGAUUAAGGAGAUUGAUGAGCAUGCACCUGGUGUGCCCCGGAUCCUGGUGGGGAACCGCCUGCAUCUGGCAUUCAAGCGGCAGGUGCCAACUGAGCAGGCCCGUGCCUAUGCUGAGCGCCUGGGUGUGACCUUCUUUGAGGUCAGCCCCCUGUGCAACUUCAACAUCACAGAGUCCUUCACAGAGCUGGCCAGAAUUGUGCUGCUGCGACAUGGCAUGGACCGGCUUUGGCGGCCCAGCAAGGUGCUGAGCUUGCAGGACCUGUGCUGCCGCGCUGUGGUGUCCUGUACACCUGUGCACCUGGUGGACAAGCUGCCACUGCCCUUGGCCCUGCGGAGCCAUCUCAAGUCCUUCUCGAUGGCCAAUGGCCUGAAUGCCAGGAUGAUGCACGGCCGCUCCUACUCCCUUACCACCAGCACUCCGCACAAGAGGACCAGCUUGCGCAAAGUGAAGACUGCUCGCACCCCACAGAGCCCGCCAGGAAACUGCACCAGGAACAGCUGCAAGGUCUCUUAGGAAGAUCCCCAGGGAGACAGAGUGCCUUUCCGGAGAAGCCUCAGAGCCAGCCAGACUUGGGAUGCAGCUUCCCCAUCCUGGCCAGUGGGCAGCAGACACCUGCUCAGUGUGACUGACGUUGCUAUGUGAUGUGCAUGAAGCUCUUGUUCGCAACUUGUGUUUAUAAAGGGAAAAUCAGUACUCUGCUCUGCACUCGAUAACAUGAAAUUUUGAAUGUUACUUUUGUCACGACUGCAGUGCAACUUUUUCCUUAAAAUAACUGUUUUUACCAGAUGGGCAAGGUGUGUGGGAGUACACAUUCAAGGGAGUUUGAGAAGCAGUGAUGGUGAGAUAAUCUGGUGUUGUUGCUCUAACAGGAGGGGCUGUUUUGUAAACCUUUUUAAUGUCAAAUCCCAAUUUAUAAAAUGCUGCAGAGGGGCAGAGAUGACAUACAACAGAUCUGCCCAGUUAGGGUAUGAAAAGCAUUUGAUAAUGUUUUUGCUAUGUUGUUUAUUACAUUUUGGGAUCAAUAAGUGAUUUCUAUGCAUAUUUUUCUGUAAAUCUACAUCUUUUUUUGUAUAAAUUGUCCUACAGGUGAUAAAGCUUCAGGAAGAAAAUGCCAAAGAUAUCUCUUGUGAUACUGAACAUAGCCAACCCAGUUCAGCAAGGAGAAAGCUGUUUUAGUAAAGAAUGAAGUAAAAACACUACUAUUUAAGAACUGUUUCUCAACAAUAAAGCAUAUAUCUGUUCCUCUUGGUA